GGGCAGAAUGGCAGCUCAUCCCUCUCAAUCACACUCCGCUCUCCUUUCUCUCGAGCGUGUCGCAGCGCCAUUCUUUUUGGGGCCCCUUCACACCACACCUGUGCUGCGACGAAGCCGUGGGCGCUCUUGCUGAUACGUGUGGUGGUUGGGCGUGUUGCGUGUGUGGCGCUUCGAGACGUGGUCUGGGCAACGACCCUGCAGGCGCAAAUUGCAAACCAUCGGCACCAUCACCAUCACCAUCACCAUGCCGGUGUCGGGAGCGUUCUUUGUGGCGACGCUUGCUGUUCUUGCUGCCGCGGUGGCAGGCGUGCGCCUGACUCCUGAAAGCCAGUUGAUCGGGGUGAUGGCGUGUGGAAAUGCCACCAACUCGUCCGACGACACCAUCAGCGCCUAUCCCCCAGGCCAGUGCCUUCCAUUGGAGGCCGGGCAAAUGUACCUGCGUUCCUCAGUCGACAACCAGAUUAUAUCGCGUCGCUUUACAACAGGUGUCAACUGCAGUGGCAACCUUACCCUAUUUUUCCACAUCAUGGGCUCCUUGAAGUUUGUUGACACCAACUACACAACGGGCCAGUGUAGUGCAGGGGUCCAAUUGGACGUGCUGACUGGCGCUCCAGCCCACACCGUGGCCUAUGGUAUCUACUAUGCAACCACAGCCUGUGAUGCAAACUACACGUUUGGCUACCAGUUUUUGCAGAACAUAUGCCGGCCCUGGGGCCAUCGCUUCUGGACCUACGAGUAUGACCGAGGGAAGGGCAUCCGCCAGCUCUGGGGUUUUAAAACUGCCGACUGCUCUGACCUCGAGCACGCCGUGGCCGUGCAAACCUGGUGGCCUUACACCUGCUAUGUCCACAAGACACCCAGCUACCUAAUCACACGGCAGUUCUUCGUCGGCAUCCCCAGCAUGGCCAACUCGAAUUGA